GGAAAAAAAUGGUUCCCAACAACAUAUAUUGGAGAGUUUAUCUUGUCUUGUAAUUUCCCCUCUUCAAAUCCUUCAAAAACUUCAACCCCUACAAUCAACCUUCUUGAUUUUAUAUUCCAGCUGCAUACGUUGUGAUGGCAGACGAAGAGGAAAAAAAGGAAAUUCACAUUUCUAUAUUUAAGAAGCUGGAGAAAUUGCAUUCAGCUAAAUUGCCAGGGCAGAAAAUUUUCAGGCUGAGUCGUGACGUGCUUGAGGUGAAUAAAAAAGCCUAUGAACCCUACAGCGUCUCUAUCGGUCCUUACCAUUAUGGUAAGGAACACUUGAAGAAAAUGGAAAUGCACAAGGUGCGUUUUCUGAGAAUGCUUCUCGAUAGACAUGGGAUCGAGCCGAAAAUAUACAUGGACGAGGUGAGUGGUAUCGCACAAGAAGCUCGUGAUUAUUACUCACAGUUGAGUUUAAAUAUUUCCAUAGAAGAGUUCUUAGAAAUGAUGGUCCUUGAUGGAUGUUUUAUUGUUGAGCUAAUUCAUCAACUGCGUGAGGGAAAGCUGGAUCCGUCUGUCUUCAAAGGGGGUCUGGUUUUGAGAAGCAUUUUACGUGAUUUUGUACUAGUUGAGAAUCAACUUCCUUUUUGUGUACUAUGGAAGUUACUGGAUAUCACGGUCAAGGAAAAAAAGGGCGAAUACAUCAAGUCACUACUUCAGUUGUUUAAAUAUACAAUGCCAGGGCUCAGGGUUGACGAAAUUGGAGGCUACGUGAAAGAUUCCAAUCAUCUACUGCAUUUAUUACAGUCGAUUUGGUGUCCUUCCUUCCAAAAAAUGGACCAGGUGUCGCGGUUAGAUGAUUUCAAGUGGUCUUUCAUGCGUUCCGCUUCAGAACUGAGUGAAGCAGGAAUCCAGUUCGUGAACAAAUUUGAAGCUGGGAGCUUAUUUGAUAUAGAGUUCAGAAGUGGAAAGGGGAUACUCGAGAUUCCAACUAUGAUAAUUGAUGAUAGUACAGAGAGUUUCUAUCAUAAUAUCAUUGCCUUUGAACAGUACUCCACGGAUGGAGGAUACCUCACUUCCUAUUGUCGUCUCAUGGAUUGCCUCAUCAAUUCAGACAAGGAUGUGGAGUUACUUCGUAGAUGUGGAAUAAUUGUUAACUACUUAGGCAAUGAUCAAGCAGUCGCCACCAUGUUCAAUAAGCUGGGUGUUCAAGUUGGCAUCUUUGGAAAUGACUUCUUUUAUGACUCGUUAUUUCGCAGCGUCAACGAGUAUUAUGAUAGAACCUGGAACAAAUGGAAAGCAACAUUAAGGCGUGAUUAUUGCAAUAGUCCCUGGGCAUUCAUCUCUGUUGUCGCUGCAGUUUUCUUGCUUCUGCUCACCCUGCUACAAACUAUAUUUACGGUAUCCCCCUCCGCACCUUGAAUGAUUUAAAUACACAUGCGAUGGAGCCGAAAUGUGUGACAAAUUCAAGUUGACAGGGUGUGCUACAUAUCGUAUGUGGGUAGGUUCUGUUUUGUAUGUUGCAUAUAGUUGUUUCUACUAUUAUCAGUUAUCAUAUCAUGUUAUUGUUUAAGGGAGUGUAUGUUUCUUUAGCCUAGCAGAUUUAUUGUAAUGUAUGGUUUUGCCCUUGUUUAAAAUAUUUUUCGAAGACCACUACAACAAAAAUCUUCCAUGAAU